ACUGUUCAUUACAUUACAAAUAUUAUAAAACCUAAAGCCAUGGAAAAACUGAUCAGUUCCCUCUAUUUGGUUUCAUGGCUUCUAAUUUUUUCUAUUUCUUCAUCGCAUGGGAAAAGAAUGAACGUUAUAGAUUCAUGUUGGCGAUCAAAUCCCAAAUGGUCUACAAAUCGCCAAGCUUUAGCCAAUUGUGCUAAAGGCUUUGGUAGUGGUGCCAUUGGGGGAAAAAAUGGAGCAAUUUACAUCGUGAAUGAUGCUUCCGAUGAUCCCGUCAACCCUAAGCAAGGCACACUCCGAUACGGAGUAAUUCAAACAAGACCACUUUGGAUUAUUUUCCUACAAAACAUGCUUAUCACUCUUAAAAAUGAGCUUAUAAUUAGUUCAUUUAAAACAAUAGAUGGAAGAGGUGCCAAAGUGGAUAUAGCUUACGGACCUUGUUUAACUAUUCAAUUUGUGAAACAUGUGAUUGUUCAUGGAAUUAACUUACAUGAUUGUAGGAUUGCUAAGCCUGGACCUGUUAGAGUUAGUCCUAUUCAGGUUCUACAGAGGUCUGGUACAGAUGGAGAUGCUAUCACGGUAUAUACAUCUUCAAAUAUUUGGAUCGAUCAUUGUUCUUUUUCCCGUGCUGCUGAUGGUCUCAUUGAUGUAGUUCAUGCUUCUACUGGUAUUACUGUCUCUAACAGCUACUUUACCCAACAUGACCAUGUGAUACUGCUGGGAAACCAAGAAGGAUUGAUUCGUGACAAAAUGAUGAAAGUCACAAUUGCGUUCAAUCAUUUUGGUCCUGGCCUUUUUCAAAGGAUGCCAACGAUUCGGUAUGGCUAUGCUCAUGUGGCUAACAAUUACUACGAACCUUGGAAGGUUUAUGCAAUUGGUGGAGCCUGUAAUCCAACUAUUCUUAGUGAAGGAAAUUACUUUAUUGCCUCUCGCACCAAAAAACAGGUUACUCAUAGGGAUUUUGCUAGUCCAAAGGAGUGGGGAAAGUGGAAUUGGAAGUCGUACAAAGAUGUAUUCAUCAAUGGAGCUUUUUUCACUGCUUCAGGAAAAGGAAGUGCAAAUCCAAAGUAUACUUCAUCAUCGCAGUCAUUUAGUGUUGCUCAUGGAUCCCAAGUUCCUUAUUUGACUUCUGAUGCUGGCCCUCUUAAAUGUUUUCCUAAUCGACCUUGCUAAUCAUCUUAAUUGGCUUCUGCCUUCUAUACCUUCUCUUAGUUAGAGUCAUUUUUAGGCUCAGUGAUGAGGACCUAAGCUUUUACUAUUACUAAUCUCCCCUUAUGAUGAGCAUGUCAUUUCACUUCUAAUAUUAACAAAAAAUGCCUCGUUAUCUUCGAGUGAAUGACUU